AUGGAGUUUAAACCAUCGUACGGUUUCAACCCAGCGGUACCACCCGAACUAACCAGAUCUGAAGCUGGUGAUGAACACGUCUGUAUUUGUGUGAUUAAAUUCUUUAUUAUUUAUUUUGUUAUUUUACAGGUGGAUCAAAUUCUGGUGCAUCAGAAACUGGAGCUUUUAGAAGUGCUGCUGGGCUGUGAGAUGAAUAAUCGCUAUGAGAUUAAGAACAGCGUGGGUCAGCAGAUCUUCAGCGCUGUGGAACAGAACGAUUGCUGCACCAGAAACUUCUGUGGUCCGUCACGCAGCUUCACCCUCCGAAUCUCCGAUAAUAACGGACAGGAAGUGAUUCAGCUGGCUAAGCCAUUCCGCUGCACUUCCUGUUGCUGCCCAUGCUGUCAGCAGGAGAUGGAGAUUCAGUCUCCUCCAGGAAACCCCAUCGGUUACGUGGUUCAGAAAUGGCAUCCAUGUUUACCUAAACUCUCCGUGCUGGGGGCCUCGAGGGAGCUGUUACUGAGCAUCGAGGGGCCCGUGUGUGUGGUCAGCUGCUGUGGAGACGUGGAUUUUCAGGUGAUUGGAUCAGACGGCUCUGUGAUUGGUCAGAUCAGUAAACAGUGGAGUGGACUGUGUAAGGAGAGUCUGACCGAUGCUGAUAAUUUUGGACUGACCUUCCCCAUGGACCUGGAUGUUAAAAUGAAAGCCGUGCUGCUGGGAGCCUGUUUCCUCAUCGACUUCAUGUUCUUCGAGAACGUGGGAGAUUCAGGACAGACGUGCAGCGUGUUCGGAUAAACGAUCAUUAACGAUCAUUAACCAUUCAAACUGCAGUCACGUCAUUUUAUUAUUUCACUUCAUUUUUACAUUCAUGUUUUGUGGAUUUGUGAAGCGUAAAUAAUGUAAAGCAGCUCGUUAUAAUAAACAAAUCUGGGUUUUAUUUCUUCACUUCCGUUAUUGAU